AUGGGGGAAAUCUUGGAGAAUGGUGGGGGAGUCUUGGAGAAUGGUGGGGGAGUCUUGGAGAAUGGUGGGGGAGUCUUGGAGAAUGGUGGGGGAAUCUUGGAGAAUGUGUAUUGUAUCGAUGACGAGGUUGCGAUUUGUCUCCUUACAGCCGAGACGGAGCCUCACGAGGGAAAGCGGAAGGUGGAGUCCCUGUGGCCGAUAUUCAGACUGCAUCAUCAGAGGAGCAGAUAUAUCUUCGACUUGUUCUACAAGAGGAAGGCCAUCAGCAGAGAGCUGUAUGACUACUGUAUAAAGGAGAGUUAUGCUGAUAAGAAUCUGAUCGCUAAGUGGAAGAAACAGGGAUACGAGAACCUGUGCUGUCUUCGAUGCAUCCAGACACGGGACACCAACUUUGGGACCAACUGCAUCUGCAGAGUCCCCAAGAGCAAGCUGGAGGUGGGGAGGAUUAUAGAGUGUACCCACUGUGGUUGCCGAGGCUGCUCCGGCUGAAUCGUCAGGAUCGCCUGGCUCUUCUGCUGUGGAUCGUCUAGUCAGGUCUGGAUCGCCUGGCUGUUCUGCUGUGGAUCGUCUAGUCUGGCCUGGCUGUUUUGCUCUGGAUCGUCUAGUCUGGCCUGGCUGUUUUUCUCUGGAUCGUCUAGUCUGGCCUGGCUGUUUUGCUGUGGAUCGUCAGUUAUUUUCUACGGGACAUCAGGGCUCGUCUACUCCACCUGUGUGCUUCAUGACCCUGGAGCGUCUAAUCUCAAAUACACCCCUACUCUCUGGCCCCCUACUCUCUGGCCCCCUACUCUCUGGCCCCCUACUCUCUGGCCCCCUACUCUCUGGCCCCCUACUCUCUGGCCC